AUGGCCGAUUUUCAAACGAGCGAAGACAAGCUGAAAAUCGGCAAAGACAAGAAGGACGCUGCUGAUGAGGCGUUCAAACAAGGCCAGACUGCGAAAGCUUUAAUGGAAUAUCAUGGGGCUCUGCUCUAUCUGCUCGGUUUGAACAAAGACGCCAUGGGAGUUGCUGCUGGUAAUCCAGCGCCACCCGUUGAUCGCGAUGCCCCCAAGGAAAAAGACCGAAGUCUGUCCACUCUCUUCAUCUGGGCAGGCAGUUUGAUAUGCGUAUCCAAGGUAGAUAUUCUCGUUGAAAAAAUCUACGCCAACAUGUCCGCGUGCCAUAUCAAGAACGGCAAUUGGAAACGUGCUCUCGAAACAGCGGACAAGGCCUUGGCUAAGGAUGAAAACAACUACAAAGCUAUGUACCGCAAAGGUAAAGCCUUGGCGGAACAAGGCUACAUCGAGCGUGCGAUAAGAGUGUUGGAAGACUUGAAGAAGAAGAGCACGAACGAGAAAGACGUUGCCGCAGCUGAAUCUGAACUGGUUAGGUUACGCGCCGAUGAGAAGGAGAAGGAGAAAGCCAACAACAAGAAGCUAAAAGGCUUCUUGUCUAGAGACAAGGGCAAGAAAGCUGAAACGGGAGCCGAGGAACUGAUCGAGCCCAUCCAAUCGGCCAAGAUUGAAGAGUUACCAGACGAUGCUUGA